UUUAUUUUUUUUCUAUCAUUAUUUUUUCCCUUAUUAGCCAUUUGCUCUCUCUCUCCCUCCUAUCCUACUCACCUCCUAAGAAACUUCUAGAACAAAAACGCAAAUUUCUCAUUUUUCUCGUCUUCUCGAUCUGUUUAGAGGGGGUUUGGAUCUGAAUUAACAACAACGGUGGAUGCUAUGGUGCCAUCGUCGGUUGAUUGUACCGGCGAAUCUGCCACCGGGGAGAAUCAGAGAUCUCUUCCGACGCCAUUUUUGACGAAAACUUAUCAGCUUGUAGAUGAUCCUGCCAUGGAUGAGUUGAUCUCGUGGAAUGAAGAUGGAACGACAUUUAUUGUUUGGAAACCUGCUGAGUUUGCUAGGGAUUUGCUUCCCAAAUGUUUUAAGCAUAAUAAUUUUUCCAGUUUUGUUCGGCAGCUUAAUACUUACGGAUUUAGAAAAGUUGUACCUGAUCGAUGGGAAUUCGCAAAUGACUGUUUCCGUAGAGGUGAGAAAGGACUACUUCGUGACAUUCAACGCCGGAAAAUUUCACCGGCAGGUGCUGCGGUUGUUGCACCAGCAGUAGUAACGGUGAAUGCUGCACAAGCGGUGACGGUAGCGGUAGCACCAGCUGUCAGGGUGGUUUCUUCAUCGAAUUCCGGUGAUGAGCAGGCGUUCUCAUCGAACUCAUCUGGUGCCGCAGCUGGAGCGGCGAUGUUAAGGACCACUACGUGUAAGACGACGCCGGAGCUUAUAGAAGAGAACGAACGGUUGAGAAAGGAGAACGCACAACUAAAUCAGGAAUUGAAUCGGUUGAGAAGUUUAUGCAAUAACGUAUACAAUCUGAUGUCCAAUUACACGGCGAAUCCGGCGGAUAUACCGGCAGGUAUACCAGGAGGACGAGCUUUGGAAUUGCUUCGUACGGGGCAAGUUGACGGCGGCGGUGCGGCCAUCACAGCGGCGGAGAGCAGCGGCUUUAAGGCGGAUGAAGAUAUGAGCCCACGGUUGUUUGGUGUAUCAAUUGGGGUAAAGCGCGUGAGGAGAAGCUGCGAAGAGGAAUCUGAGGAUCAGGAUCAAGUACAACCGCAUGGAUCAGACAUGAAAUCAGAGCCGUUAGAUUCAGGAAGUGCUCAAGAUGAUGAUCAGCCAUGGAUUGAUCGAUUAGAUUUAGGGUGUUGAUUUCUCACUUCAGAACAGGUGGGUCCCUUGGAGGUGGGGUCCACAGAAGCACUUCGACGUUGAUGACCAACACGUGUACAAUGGAAGAUUGUUGGUUGUUUCUGGUGGUUUCUAGAAGAAGUUAGAAAUUGAGUCAAAUGGUUUUUUGAGAAGGCCCCAAAAGAGGUGGAAAAGGAGAAAAACAAAGUGGCUUUUUAAUAUGUUUUCAUAAUUGGAUUGGAAAAAUAGAGAGGGCUGAGCUGGUUAGUUGAAAAAGAUGACAAAUGUUUGAGAUGAUAGUCAAUGUUUUAAUUAGUUGGGAUUAGGGAAAUAUUUAUGUUACAAUACAAGGUGCCAACUAAUUUUUGGCUAGGGAAAUUAUUUGUGCAUAAUUGAAACAUUAAUAAUGUUGUAACUUUAUGUUUAGAAAAAAAUACUUGGGUAAAUUUACUGAAUAUUUGCUCUUA